AUGCCCUUCAGGGUGCUAGUGGCACCGCUGCCACUGCAUUUCCUGUUGGCAGCAGAGAGCAAAGCGAAAACAGAAGCCGCAGCGGGCAGCGGCCCAGUCAGAAAUAGCUCCCGCGAUUCUCCGGAGCCUUCCGGGGCCGCGGUUCCGGCUCCCGCACCGCGCGCUCGCGACCUGAUCGCAGCCGUUGCGGAGGCCGCGCGGAGAGCGCACGGCGCACGGGCGGCAGCGCCGGGGGCGGGGGCCGGGGGCGCCCCUGUGACCCCGCGCCCGUGCCUGGCGCCGCAGCAGUGGGAGGGCCGCCAGGUUCUCUACCGGCAAAGCACCGGGCGCAACAGCCGCUCCCUCCUCUCCUACGACGGACUCAACCGGCGCGUGCGGGUGCUGGACGAGCGAAAGGCGCUGAUCCCCUGCAAGAGAUUAUUUGAAUAUAUUUUGCUCUAUAAGGAUGGAGUGAUGUUUCAGAUUGAGCAAGCCACCAAGCAGUGCUCCAAGAUCACCCUGACGGACCCUUGGGAUCCUCUAGACAUUCCUCAGAACGCCACCUUUGAGGACCAGUACUCCAUCGGGGGGCCCCAAGAGCAGAUCACGGUCCAGGAGUGGUCUGACAGAAAGUCAGCUAGAUCGUAUGAAACCUGGAUUGGCAUUUACACAGCCAAGGAUUGCUACCCUGUCCAGGAAACCUUCACCAAAAAUUACAGCGUCAUAUUGUCCACGAGGUUUUUCGACAUACAGUUGGGCAUUAAAGACCCGUCGGUGUUUACCCCGCCCAGCACCUGCCAGAUGGCCCAGACGGAGAGGAUGGGUGAGGACUGCUCCUGGUGAGCCCUUGGGUGCAGAAGUGGCCUCGGACGUCAUCCCCACCUCGAAAGGGAUUUGAGGCUUUUGAGAAAUGAGAACCUUCACUGGAGAUGAAUGUCCUCCUUGUAAGAAGAUGCACAUCUGAUAGAGGGUUCUUUGUAUAUAUUUUUUUGACUACUCAAGCUUUGUUUACAGAAGGGAGUGGACUGGAGAAUGUGUGGUGAUAGGAACGGAAGAGAGGGUGAACCUGGGGAUUUUAGGCAGGUGUACAGCCUGUGUGGCGCUGUGCGGUCUGCGUGUGCAGGUGUAUCUAAGCGCACUGGUGUGCACGGGUGGGAGUCGGCAGGAGCGCUUUGCCUGGUGGGGAGGAGUGUUUCAUGACUGACGUGACACAAGAUUGCUGCCACGGGGUGAUAAUAAAAUGCAGGAUGAUCUUGGUCAGUUUUUCUGUAAACUUUUACACACUCUACAGAUAACGGCUCCUUUAUUGCCCGCACCCGGGUGGCCACUCCUCCCCCAGCCCCGCCUCCUGCUCCCAUGGCCACUGACAAAGUGAUUCCUUAAAAUCCCUUCCAGACAUAAGGGCUUUAUGGCAUGACCUGAGUGAUGUAAAUUUGGGGAGGAAAUGAAAGGCCAGAAAGCAAUUAUUCCUCCAAGAGACACUGUAAGAUGAGAGGGUUUGAAAAUCUUGAUGUCUAUACCUGGGGAAGCAUGAGCUAUGUAUGUUUCCUUUUUUCUAUGCAAGAGUACUGAUCUAUAUGUGCCGAAUCAUCACAUAUUUGUCAGGGGACCUAGAAAGACCGACAGUAUUCUCAAAAUAGCACUGAAUUGGAAAUCAGGAGACAAUUGUCUUCAAAAUCCAGGAGAGGAAUUCCUUUGUACUUGAACUCCUUUGACUGACUAGAUGCACUCCGCCUUCCCUCACCUGGGCCUUCCUGGGGCACUUGUUUCACACCUUCUUCGUCUAUAUGACCUCUGUUCACCCCUGCCAGGUCAGCUCACACUUGACCUUCAGAGAGCUGCUCCCGAGCCUCCAUCGGGGCACCCCAUAGCUUGAGCAUGCUGUUCUCACGACACUGCUUCGGCUGUGUGUCAGCUUCCUGCUUACUGGACACUAUUCCCCACUAGUUUGGCUGCGAGUUCCUUGACUCUGGGUGUCGUGUUUGCCUUUAUGUGCCCAGCACCAAGUAAGUGCCUGGCACACGGUCAGUGCCCUAAACAUUUGUAGAGUGGGGGAUGCCAGCCCGUCUGGUCCUUAGUUUCCUCAUCUGUUCAAGGGUUGGGUUUGGUUUGCUGACCUCGAGAGAGAGUCUCAGUAGUAAAAUUUAUUAUUCUAGAUUCUUCUGCAAUUGUUUCAUCUGGCUACCUAUCACCUAUUAGUAGGAGAAAUGUGUGACAUUUGUAACAUGCUGAAAGCAAUCUGUAUUACAGUUUAUUUCAAUAAACAAGUUUAAUUGCA